GCCGUUGCUAACGGAGUAUGAGCGGCCGCGGGGGAGAGAGGAGCACGCAGGGCCGUGAGUGCACAGGGAGCUUUACCGCCUCUGGGACACGGGGGCAGGCGCGGUAACAAGCUCGGGCCGUCGGAUAAACCAUGUCUGCUCCAGCUGAUGAAACUGCAGGAGACCUGCCUGUGAGAGAUGUAGGUCUAAAUCUAGCUGGAAUUGGAGGAUUACAAGAAUCAUCAGCUGCCCAGAAUGUGAAAGCUCGGCAAGCUGUCUCACGGAUUAGUCGUGAGGAGCUAGAAGACCGUUUCCUGCGUUUGCAUGAUGAAAACAUCUUACUUAAGCAACAUGCACAUAAGCAAGAAGAUAAAAUUAAAAGAAUGGCCACCAAGUUAAUUCGGCUUGUAAAUGACAAGAAAAGAUCUGAGCAGAUUGGUGGUGGCCCCAAGCGGUUGGGCCAGGAUGUGGAGCUUGAAGAAAUGAUUGAGCAGCUGCAAGAGAGAGUUCGUGAGCUCGAGAAACAAAAUGAAGGCAUCCGCAAGAGACUCAUUUCAACCAAACAGCAGCUCCAAGUUCAAGGCCAUCGGCACACUCCAUACAGCUAUGUUCAAUCUCGCAUUAACACUGGUCUCAGAAAAGUGAACGAGGCUGUCGCCAUCCAAGAUCGCACAAGGAAAGGAAUGAGAUUUCAGGAUGUAGAACUGAGAUCCCCCCAACCCAUGCUUCCAAGAUACGGACAUAGUUUGCUUGAAGAAGCAAGGGCUGAGAUAAGAAAUUUGGAAAACGUGAUUGAGUCACAAAAGGGACAGAUUGAAGAAUUGGAGCACACUGGAGAGGUACUAAGGAGUCAGAUAAGAAAGAAGGAAAAAGAGUUUGAAGAAUCCAUUCUGCAACUGAAAGAGCAACAAGCAACAGGGCAAAGGUUAAACAUUCGGGACAAUGUGGAAAUGAUAAAGCUCCACAAACAACUGAUGGAGAAAGGCAAUGCUUUCUCAGCAAUGGAAGGGAAAUUUCUUCAGCUUCAAGAGAAUCAAAAGAACCUUAAGGCCAGCCAUGAUGCUUUAAUGGCAAACGGGAAUGAACUCAAUCUGCAGCUUAAAGAACAACGUUUAAAGUGCCUCCAUCUUGAGAGAGAAUUACAGUCGAUGACGUUUUCAAAACAAAGGAUAGAAGAGUUGCAGGAUAGAAUUAAUGACCUAGAAAAGGAGAGGGAUCUUUUAAAGGAAAAUUAUGAUAAACUAUAUAACAGUGCCUUCAGUGUGAGCCAUGAACAGCAAUGGAAGUUAAAGGAACAGCAACUGAAAUUACAAAUUGCUCAACUUGAGACUGCCUUAAAGUCUGACUUAGCAGACAAAAGUGAAAUCCUUGACAGAAUGAAACUAGAAAGAGACCAAAAUGAGAAGCUGACCCAAGAGAACAAAGAACUGCAAUUGCAUUAUCUGGAACACAAGCAACAGCUAGAUGAACUGAAAAAUCGCAUGAAGUUUUUCACCAAGGAGAGUGAUACUGAAAUGACAGAACUCAGUGAAGCCCUCAUGCUUAUAAAGGUUCGCAAACAGCAGAAGAAUGGGGACCUUACCUUUUUAGAGAAAAUAGAAGAUGACGUCCAUAAAGACAUGGAAUACGCCAUGCGGGAGCUUCAAGCAACACAUGCAGAAACAGUGCAAGAACUUGAAAAGACACGGAAUAUGUUAAUUGUGCAGCAUAAAAUUAACAAAGAUUAUCAGACUGAAGUUGAAGCAGUGACGCAGAAGAUGGAGGGUUUACAGCAAGAUUAUGAGUUAAAACUUGAACAGUAUGUCCAUCUUCUUGACAUUAGGGCUGCACGCAUCCGAAAAUUAGAAGCUCAACUAAAGGAUAUUGCCUAUGGUACCAAACAGUACAAAUUCAAACCAGAAAUCCUGCCAGAGGAUCCAGUAGAUGAAUUUGAUGAAACUGUCCACUUAGAAAGAGGAGAAAACCUGUUUGAAAUUCACAUCAGUAAAGUGAUAUUUUCUACAGAAGCUGUGCUUGCUUUUGGUGACCAGGAACCUGCAACUUUCUGUACCUAUGCAUUCUAUGACUUUGAACUACAGACAACCCCAGUAAUUCGUGGUCUUAAUCCAUCCUAUAACUUCACUUCACAGUAUCUUGUGCGCAUUGAUGACUUUUUUUUGCAAUACAUACAGAAAAGCACUAUCACUCUUGAGGUUCAUCGUGCCUUAGGCACAGAUUAUGAAACAGCUGCAGCAUGUCAGCUGAGGUUUCAUGAAAUCUUGGAAAAUAAUGGCAGGAUCUAUAGUACAGCAAUUUUAGUUGGAAAUGGAGGACAUAUCCCAAACUAUGGCACAGUGGAUUACUGGGUCAGAUUACGAGUUCCUAUGGAUCAGGCUAUCAGACUCUACAAAGAGAGGUCAAAAGCUCUGGGAUACAUAACAUCCAAUGUAAAGGAACAUGAAAAAGCCCCACAGUUAAAGCAACCGAUACACAGAACUGCCCAAGUCAGCACUUCAGCAGAUGGCAACUUAAAUGAGCUUCAUAUUACAAUAAAAUGUUGUAACAAUCUCAAGUCCCGAAAAAACCACCUUCAGCCAAAUCCUUAUGUUGUCUACAAGUUUUUUGAUUUUGCAGACCAUGAUACUCCCAUCAUUCAUAGCAGCAACAGCCCUCAAUUUGACGAUCACAUGUGUUUUCCAGUGCCAAUGAAUGCAGAUUUAGACCAAUAUUUAAAAUCGGAAUCUUUGACUUUUUAUGUGUUUGAUGAUGGUGAAACAGAAGAAGGUGUUUAUGUAGGGAAAGCCAUUGUUCCUCUUAUCUCUUUAGCGCAUGACAGAUAUAUCUCAGGUACAUUUGAACUAACAGAUUCUGAAGGACAUUCUGCUGGCACCAUCAACGUUGAACUAAAAUGGAGGUUUGCCUAUCUACCUCCAAGUGGAUCAGCAGUGGCAGCAAACCUAGUGAGUUACAUCCAAAAUGAAAAAUCGACGGCAACUAAAUUACCUGUGAAGGAGGAAGUGCCGACUCUAACCCUGACCCCUUCUUUUACUUCAUCAAUGACCGCACCAAAGCCCAAACCAAGACAGCGUACUGCUCUAGCAGACAAGAAAGUGUCUUUUAUGGAUGUCAGCAUACUACAGAUUCCAAGCCCUAUUGCUGAUGAAGACAAUGAAGAAAUUUCACAGAAAAUUAAGGCUGAUACACCCACUGUUUCAAAUGUUCCAGAGGUUAUACAGGAAAGAGUGGCAGAUGAUAAAGUAAAGGAAACUUCUGGAGAAAUUCAGCAGGAAAAAGAUGACCUCUCUCAGCUAUCUGAGGGUCAGUUGGCUGACCAGAGCUCAGCUACUUCUGGAGAUGAAACAGAAAUAACUGAGGAAUUGGAACCAGAAGAUCAAGAUUAUAGACAGGCAACUGAUGCCAUGGAAUCAAUAAUAACUGACAGUGAUGACUGUAUUGUUCCUAGCCCAGUGUCCAAGAAUAUUAAACAGUCAAUAGAAAAAAUUCGGAUUGAGAUUAUAUCCCUAACUCUCACUGAUUCCCGAGUUGCAAUGGAUGACACAAUACAGCGACUGUUUGUAGAAUGCAGAUUCUACAGUUUCCUUGCAGAAGAGACACCAGUGUCACUUCCUAAACCAAAAAGUGGACAGUGGGUUCACUACAAUUAUAGCAAUGUGAUUCACGUGGAUAAGGUGAAUAACCAUUCCAGGAGAGAAUUCCUAAAGUCUGUACUUCAAGAAUCAGAGUUGAAUACUGGCAGCAUACGAUUUACAGUGGUUAGUGACCCUCCAGAAGAUGAACAAGAUCUUGAGUGUGAAGACAUUGGCUUUGCUUACGUCAGUCUAACGGAGAUUUUUCAGAAAGAAAAAGACAUAAUUGAGCAAGAUAUUGAUGUUUUCGAUUCACAAGAUGAUAGUGCAGUAAUUGGAAAGCUCAAAGUAACAGUGGAGGCCCUCCAUGCUCUGCGCUCAGUCUAUGAGGAACACAAAGAUGACUAGGAGGCAUGAAAGAAAAGUGUGCCUACAGAUGCUUCUUCUCCCAGUGUAAAUACAUGCUUGAUAGCUCUUCGUAGAUGAGAUUUUUGUAAUUACUACAGUAUAUUUAAUGUAUAAUUUAUAUGAAAAGGAUGCUUGAUUUAUAGUUGUAAAGUUUUGUAUACUUUUCAGUCUGUUUGUUUUUAUAUUUCCCCCUAAGGCUAAGACUCCCUCCACAAUGGACAACGUCUUGUAAAUAAUUAAUACCUACAUGAUUGAAUGAUGUGCUUUAUUUGCAUUUUCAACAUUUUUUCUUACAUAAAACAGUAAUAAAAAUGCAAGUUGAAUUUUUAAUUUUUAAUAAAAAAGCUUAAGCCUUAGAAAACUGAUUAAAAAUACUUUUAUGUUAUCCCUAAUCACCCCACUAAAUGCAAUGCCUGUGAUUAGCCUCAUUAAGAAUUUUAUACUGUGAAGAUUUUAUUAGAAGCAAUAUAUGAAAAUUACUUGGAUUAAUGUGUUAAUCUGCCUCUUUAAAAUGCUAAUAUCCAUUUUAUGCACAUUAAAUCUCAGUAUGCGUUUUCUUUGAUGCAUGCAGUUUCUAUCAAUUAAAUAUAAAGAAUGAGGCUAGUCGCAAGACUUAUUAAAUUACUGCAAGCUUUUUUAAAAAUAACUUUUGCCCUUCUACUAACAUUAUAAGUAGUUGUUUAUGAUUACCAUGAUUUGAAGGAGGGGGAGGGUGGACUCAAUUUUCAUAUACAGUAAAAGAGAUUUACAGUUUCAACCAACACCUAUCAAAGCACAGAAAGAAAAUAUAAAAGAAUCAAUCAGAUUCUGUUCCGCUUAGUUUGAGCUGUAGGGACAGGCAAGUGGUUUUUUGAUCACUUUUAAAACUUACAUCAAACACAUACAAUGAUCCUUGUAUCUGGAUAACCAGUGGCUAGAAAGGAGCUUGGAAAGUUAAUUUUCUAGCUUUUAACCAAUCUCAAUGAAAGAUUUAAUUGAUAUUUUUAAUGGAGCUGUGAAUCAAUGCAGCAAAAGGAUUGUCUCUGGAGAACUAGGAUAUAAUGCAUUUCAUUUUUUAAUUUACUUUAUUUGUCAUUUUCUUCAAAGGAUUUUAUAGGCUGUGGGUUUUCACUGUUUGCAAACAGACUAUGUUUCUUCAUAAGCAUAUGUAAAGUAUUUAGAGAGAUAAGUAAUUUAUUAAAAUCUACCUAAUUUGCCGUGAUAUAUUAAAUCUCUGCUUCAGUGAUCACAGACCAUUUCAUUUAGAGAAUUAGGCAUUUGCUCUUUGUGUGAUUAAACCUCUGGAAAAUGAGUUCUUUACUCCUAUUUGUGAACAUUCAAAGCCUGCUAAUGGCAAGAAGAUGGAAUAGAUUAUGAGACAAUUCAUUACAGUUCAACAGCAAAAAAAAAAAGCAGC